AUGGCAAUACAGGUUGCUCACCCUUUAGACCCUCUCACGCCUCAGGAGAUCUCUCAAACCGCGAAGCAUGUCCGCGCAGGUUUCCCAGAUGGCGAAGCAUAUUUCCGGGUCAUCACCCUUGCGGAACCGGCAAAGGCUGAAAUGAUGACCUUCUUAGAUGGCGAGCAUAGCAAGGAUGCCGUAUCAGAGCCAUCAAAAAGGCCAGCUCGUCUUGCCACCGUUCAGGUAUUCUUAGGCCAACCACGGGAUAGCGCGCACUUUUACGAACUCAAGGUCAAUGUGGAAAGCGGAGAGAUUGUGGAUCAAGAGCAGCUUCUUGGUCGGCAUCCACACGUCGAUGCCAACGAUAUGCAGAAGACUGAGCAAGCGUGCCUUAGCGAUAGCCGAGUGCAGGCCGCGAUCAAGGAGAUGCAACUUCCCGAAGGAGCUGUGGUCAAGAUCGAACCGUGGACGUACGCGACAGAUGGGAUGAACGACAUGAGUCAAAAGAUCACCAUGUGCUAUUUCUACAUGAAACUGAUCAGUCACCCGGAUGCGAACCACUAUGCGUAUCCUCUGGAUCUGUGUGUGGAAAUGUCCGGCGACGCAAGGGUCUUGAAAAUCUAUCACCUCCCCAAUGGCACGUCCAACGACAUCAGCAUGACCGCCAAACCGUACGAUCGAAGGAAGAUAUUCGACUCGAGCAUCGAGUAUCACCCGGACCUGGUCUCCCAGCAUCGCACAUCCACAAAGCCUUACCACGUCUUGCAACCGGAUGGCCCAUCAUUUACCACCGAAGGCAACCUCAUACGAUGGGAAAAGUGGCAUUUGCGCGUGGGGUUCAACUACAGGGAGGGGCUCACCCUCCACGACGUCCGGUAUGACGGCCACUCACUGUUCUACCGCCUUUCGCUCUCAGAGAUGUUUGUGCCUUACGGGGAUCCCCGGAUGCCAUAUGCCCGCAAGGCUGCCUUUGAUCUGGGAAACGACGGCGCCGGCUGCAAUGCCAACAAUCUGCAGCUGGGGUGCGACUGUCUCGGGCACAUCAAGUAUUUCGACGGCUGGCACGCCACCAGCUCAGGAGACCCGAUCAAGAUCGCCAACGCCGUAUGCUGUCAUGAGAUCGACGAUGGGAUUCUUUGGAAACAUACCAACUUCCGCACUGGCAAUGCCGUGGUCACUCGAUCGAGAGUCUUGGUGUUGCAGACCAUUAUUACCGUGAGUAACUACGAGUAUAUCUUUGCGUUUUACUUUGGGCAAGACGCGUCCCUGCAUUAUGAAGUACGGGCGACAGGGAUUGUGUCCACAGUCCCAAUCAACGUGGGGGACAAGGUGCCAUUCGGCACCACAGUUGCGCCGGGCGUGAUGGCACCAUAUCAUCAGCAUCUGUUCUGUCUGAGGAUUGAUCCGGCUAUCGCGGGGUGGAACAAUUCUCUCGUCGUCGAGGAGUCGCAUGCAAUGCCUCUCGAGGACCAGGAUUCCAGUGUUCACAAUCCGUUCGGCAUCGGAUACACGACUAGGUCUGAAACAGUGGCGGAAGAAUGCGGAUUGGAUCUCGACCACACCGUCAACCGGGUCUUCAAGAUCGUCAACGAGGACGUUGCUAACCCGGUUACUGAAGGCCCCGUCGGGUAUAAACUCGUACCGUGCUAUAGUCAGCUUGUCCUUGCACACCCGUCUUCGUACCACGCAAAAAGAUCCGAGUUCGGCGCGCACGCGGUCUGGAUAACAAGAUACCACGACAGUGAGUUGUUUGCGGCGGGCCGCCACACCAUGCAAUCUCUGGGCGGGGAGGGGAUUGCCAGCUGGAUCAAGAAGCGACAGCAGCGGCAAGAGGUCUUAUCAAACGACAAUUCCGCCACGAAGGUGAGAAAGCAAGACAUUGUCGUCUGGCACACCUUUGGAUCCACGCACAACCCGCGAGUGGAGGAUUGGCCCGUGAUGCCAUGUGAGAAGAUGGUUGUUGGAUUGAAGCCUGUGAACUUCUUCACUAAGAAUCCCGCCAUGGACGUUGCGCCGUCGACACAAGAGAGGAAUCGGAGUGUAUUGGUGGAUGACGCGACUGAGGCGGGGAUGAAUGGGCAUUGUUCUUAG